GUGAUAUUGGUAUAUUGCGAAGGCUCGCGUCAUGAUAAAGGAAUAUGUUCGAUGGUAACUACUGAUGGAGUUAGUUCAUAUUGAUUGCGGCGGGAAAUAAAGUUAAAUAGUUAUUGGCAUCCACUUUCAAUACGUUCUGUGUGCUGCUAUCGAUAUGUUUGCAUUGUCUUGUUAAUACUGCCAGAAGUCAAUGACCACGCUGGACGGUUUAUCAGUUGAUGGAUAUCAGUAUUACUAAAUGCUCUCACGAUGGAGGCACGGUUUGGAGGUUCGGUUGUACUGUGAUGAUGAAGGGAAGAGUUUGAGACAACGCAUGGAUAUCUUCGCUUCAGAAUAGGCUUACCAGGAUAACUUGUAUUUGAAAGCAAAGAUUGAGUGCACAUUUUCCUUCGGCCCGAGUUGACCUCUAACCCAUGGCAAUGGGUCAGGACAAGAAGGAGAAGGCGGGCGUGGCGCCCAGUGUGGAGGACAGGUCCAGGAUGAUCAUGGAUGUGGCCCCGGGCAGAAAAGGCUGCACCUCUGUCUUCCCUUGGGGUGGAAGCAUCAAAGUACCCCCGGGACUCUUCGGGAAGAAGGACAACCUCAUAGCCAAGAUGAUCUCACCUUGCGAGCGGCACCUUCAUGCACCACAGUUACGGGACACAGAGAAAUUACUUAGCGAGGUGUUCCUCUUCGUGGCCAGAAACUAUGAGUUCGACAAGUUGUUGACCGUGGAGUUUCCAGUCUAUGACGAGAAUCUGGAUUUGUUUGAGAUGAGGUUGAAGGUGAAGAAAUCUGGGGACCAGGAUUGGGUCACCCUCGAUAACUAUGUCUAUAAUGCUAAAACAAAGAUGGUCACAUUCGAGACCAAAUCGCUGGGAGUGUUCGCAGUGACGUCAACACCAAAGGCAGAGAAAUUCGAGCUCACACAAAAUGGCUGCCUGUACAGUGCCAGAAUCAACCGGUACAUAUCACUACGGUUCCCGAAGAGGGCGGUUGACCGAACAGUCAGAUGUGAAAUAAGGAUUCACAAGGUCACACAAGAGAAAAUUGAAAUCACACAACGAGACCAUGGCAAUGAAUGCUUCGACGUGGUCGCCGCCUCAAACUUUUACGACAUCUCAUUCCCCGAAAACGAGGCAAUGACCUUCAAGCGAGCAGCGUCCAUCAAACUCCCCCUGGUGUUGGUAGGAGAAGAUGAGCCAUUACCCAGUCAGAAACAAGAGACGGAAGUAGGGGAAGAUGGCGACCAUGAGCAUGAAGAAGAGGUAGAGCUGGAGACGGGGAAAGCCAAACAGAUUGACUUAGAAAAUCUAUGCGUGCUACACAAGACAGAGGCGGAGGGAUGGACACUCAUUGAAACGCCUCUGAAGUUCACUAGAACGACUGUGCAGUUCGAUGUGAAAUGUUUAGGAAAAUUUAUACUCGUCCAAACCAAGCCAGGGCUACCAAAACACCGCUUGAAGUUCGCUUUGCCAUUCAUAGAAGAACAGAACUUAAAGAUCAAGGGCGAGAUACUCACAUUCGUGUACAAAGAGAAGAAACAUUGGCGGAUGAUGUUCGAUGUCGUGGACAAAGAAUACGCUGAGAUCAUUACACAGGAGCGCAAAGAAGCGGGGUGGUCAUUCAUUGAGAAGCUGGACCUGACAGAGAAACCCGUGGAGGAUCUCUCCAACACCCGAGGUUACGGCAGGCGACGGGCCGCCAAAGAACAAAAGAAAGAAGACCCAGAACUGAAGCUGCUGAAUUUACACAACGGCUCCACGUAUAACAUAGGGAUUACUGGUGACUUCAAGUUAGCCGAUUCCACACCGGAUGACAGAUUAGUUUUACAAUUUCACGAAAAAUUAACAGACAAUUACACGUAUUUCGACGUUGUUCCUGCACCGCCGGCAGGCUGGCAUUGGGACAAGGAUAAAAAUAAAGUCAAUGGUGUCAUAGAAAAGCAGAACGGGGAAGUGAAUGAAAAAGAAACGAAGGAGAAUAAGGAGAAUAUAGAAAACGGACUGGAAAAUGGUGUUGCCGAAACCGAAACGAAAACAUUUACCGGUACGAUCUCAUGUUUUUCGAAUGACUCUGAACAGAAACGGUUGCUAAGGAAGUAUAAUGUACAGUUUUCCGAGGAGGAUUUCAUGGAAUACUUGAAGCCAGAGUACGUUGAGCCAGAACCGGAAAAGGAGAAACCGAAGCUGCCUUCGGUGGUGAUCGUGGAUCCUGCACAGCCGACCCAACCAAAGCCUGUCAAGUAUAAGACCUUCACCUCGCCGCAGUUCACAAGAUUGACAAAGCCCACCAGACCUGUGAUAAGGAUAUCGAGAGAAGCUAAGGUAUUGUCCGGGCGUAGUUUACAGAUCCUCUCUCGUGAGGUUGAACAAGGCUUAACACUAGCUGUUCACCUGAACCUCCCGGACUCAACCAUUACAGGAAUAGGUUUCGACUCACUCUCAAACGGCAUGAGCCUGGUAGACGUCACGUACAAGGUCCUCCUUCAUUGGAAGCGGUUAUACAAGGGAGACAAGGCGCUACAAGUCGAACAACUGGUGUCGGCUCUUAAGGAAAUGGGCCGAUUCGAUGUGGCUGCCGUGAUCAUGGACCGGCAUCGGCAGGGGGUGGAGCUAUCAUCAGACUGUUUCAAAUAUUAGGUGGUUUUUUGGUUGAGCAUCUCUACUCAAAGUAGAAUAACGGGCUCUAUGAUACCAGCUUGACAGUGGUAUAAAUUAUGUGCAUUAGUAAAUGGUAAGGAAAAUGCAAUGUGGAAUUGCCGCUGCUUUGGUCACAGGCAAUACAGUAGCCGUUAUGCGUAAGGCUGGAAUUAACCCUGGGCGGCCUCUCGACUCAAGUAUUAAACGAAUGUAUGUGGCUGGAAAAAACUGCUCAAGGAAACUGACGGGUUACGGGAAAGCGUAGAUUAUGGCUGUGAUGAAAGUUAAAGUGCCUGAGAUAGGGUCUAUAAUGGCGCCUUGCUGUUGUGAAGCUACAUAUCAAAGCGUGGAUGAUGAUUGGCAAGCUGUGUUAAAGAGGUUCUCUUGGUCGUUCUAGACUGCUUUGUGGAUAUUUCUGCUUAAGAUUGGGUAAAAAGGUCCGACGACUACAUAUAUAUAUAUACGGUUGUGAGGAGUUUCGAUAAACAAUGAGUAGUUCGCUGAUAAUCAUUAACAGGCAGUGGUAGCCCGUAGGAUUAUUACUUUAGAUAUCUCUUGUCUCUUUGGUGGACACUUCUGCUCAAAUUAUAAACGAAAUAGGCUCCAGUUUCUCUGAAGUUUUGGCGAUUGGGGUCAAAAGACAAUUGGUGAGGCUUUGUACUGUACUUACUGGACUAGAUAAAUGAUAUUCAUAGGAAUCGUCCUCGCUUACUAGGACGGUAAUCCGGUGUGCCUUUCAGUACAUUUAUGACGAAGUUGUCUGUGAGUGAAUUUGGCGGAGAAGAGGCGAAAGCAUAGUGGUGCAUCAAAUAUCUUACUCCGGACCAAGAGGAUCGUUGUCUUAUAAACAAGAAGCAGGUUUCGCCAACCUGUCAUUUGAUCUGAACGGGGACGCCAACGCCAAAUCAAUGGCUACUUGUAAUAUAAUCUCAAUUGAUAACUUUCUUUGGUAAUGGUUUGGCGGUACGUGGUUCAGAGCUAGAGCGCCGCCAAACCACCCAAAGUUAUAUCAAUCGUGGCAUCGCAUUAGACGCCACAAAGGAAAACAUUAAACAGACAGAGAAAACGACAAACAUGAUUGUUUGUUUUAAUCUUGUAGAUAUGUGAUAAUGAACGUUGUGACGUGUCUGCGUAAUUAGCAAAUAAAGUAUUUUGUUUACA